AAAUGUUGAAUUAAGUAACAUACCUGAAGAAAAGAAUUCAUUUUCGUCGUUGUAUGCUUUAAGUGACCCUAUUGUCGAACAUAACGACAACGAUAAUCAAUCUCAUCUUUUCACAUCAACAUCUAUACUUGCGCCUCUUACAUCCUAUCGGUCUGCGGUAGACGAGAACCACAAUUCUAUUUCAUUGUCAACUAACAAAAACAAAAAUAAUAAAUCAUUACCUUUCGCCUUCGACAAUUCAUUUCAGCAAUCGUCUGCGUCUACACUUUCAACUUAUUCUGCGACUGCUUCACCAGAAUCUUUACAAACUGCCAUGUCAUUAUAUCGACAUUCAUCUUCCGCGUCACAUCCAUACGAUCAACGCAUAAGUGAUCAAGGAAACAAAUAUAUCAUUCAAUUAAAAACCGAUGAGUAUCAAGAAAACGAUUUCACCAUCACACCACGUUCGAUAUCGAGUCAAAUUAUCAUCGAUGCCAAACAUCGCGAGGAAGAUUCAACUGGUGGUUACGUUCAUCGAGAACUUCAUAAAAUCUUCAAUAUACCGAAACAUAUCGAUUUAAAUCGAUAUGCUUAUACUUACAACACACACACCCAAGAAUUAACAAUCGAAAUGCCAUAUUUGUCGAUCUCAUCGGUUCAUAGCUCUGCUGAACCUUUGACACAGUCAUCGGAAAAUCGAACUCGGCCAACCAACGGCAAUCUUUUUUCACCACCAUUAUACCAAGCAACUUAUUCUAAUCAAAGUAACCCUAUAAGUGGCAGUAGUAUGGCAACGACUGGUUCGACACCAUACAAGAGUUUGAGUACACCAGCUGCUUCCAAUUAUGACUCCUCAGUUGGAAAUACAAAACCAUUUGAUUUUGAUUUGUUUCAUCGCUCAGCAUUUCGACCACAAAUUGUUCGAACAUCAACAAAUGACACUGCGGAAAAGAAACUAAUUAUGUCAUUGGAUCUAAGUGAUUAUCAAGCCGAAGACAUCAAAGUAACUGUUAAAGAGCGUGAAUUAAUUGUCAACGCCGAACGAAAAAUCGAAAGUGGUACGCGAAAGUCUCGCUCGUCAUUCUUUCAGUCGACAAGUUUACCUCCUCAAACAGACCUUGAUCAUCUUCAAACGAAUUUUACCAAUGGACGAUUAACAAUCGAAGCUCCCUAUCUCGAUCAAACGAAUUCAGAUCGUCGAUUGAAAACUGCGAGUCUGAUUUCUACUAAUAAUAACAAUAAUAAUCAAGAAUCGAAUUGGUAA